CCCGCCGCGCGCUCUCUAUGGUGGCGCGGCCGGCGCGUUGUCAUCGGCGCAGCGACGUCCGGAGGCGGCGGCGUAGGCCCCGGCGGGGCGUUUGGUUUCGGUUUGGCCUUGACCUGAAUUAGUCUUGACGGUCGAAAUGGGAGUCCCCAAAUUUUACCGAUGGAUCUCGGAGCGGUAUCCCUGCCUCAGCGAAGUGGUGAAAGAGCAUCAGAUUCCUGAAUUUGACAACUUGUAUCUGGAUAUGAAUGGAAUUAUACAUCAAUGUUCCCAUCCUAAUGACGAUGAUGUUCACUUUAGGAUUUCAGAGGAUAAAAUCUUCACUGAUAUUUUUCACUACCUGGAAGUGUUGUUUCGCAUUAUUAAACCUAGAAAAGUGUUCUUUAUGGCUGUUGAUGGUGUGGCUCCUCGAGCAAAAAUGAACCAGCAGCGUGGGAGACGCUUUAGGUCAGCAAAAGAAGCAGAAGAGAAAAUUAAAAAGGCAAUUGAAAAGGGAGAAACUCUUCCCACAGAGGCCAGAUUUGAUUCCAACUGUAUUACACCAGGAACUGAAUUCAUGGCCAGGUUACAUGAACACCUGAAGUAUUUUGUAAAUAUGAAAAUUUCCACAGACAAGUCAUGGCAAGGAGUUACUAUCUACUUCUCAGGCCAUGAGACUCCCGGAGAAGGAGAACAUAAAAUCAUGGAAUUUAUCAGAUCCGAGAAAGCAAAGCCAGAUCAUGAUCCGAACACCAGACAUUGUCUCUAUGGUUUAGAUGCUGACUUGAUUAUGCUUGGAUUAACAAGUCAUGAAGCGCAUUUUUCUCUGUUAAGAGAAGAAGUUCGAUUUGGUGGCAAAAAAACACAAAGGGUGUGUGCACCAGAAGAAACCACAUUUCACCUCCUACACUUGUCUUUAAUGAGAGAAUAUAUUGACUAUGAAUUUUCAGCAUUAAAAAAAAAGAUCACUUUUAAAUAUGAUAUUGAAAGAAUUAUAGAUGAUUGGAUUUUGAUGGGAUUUCUUGUUGGAAAUGAUUUUAUCCCUCAUCUACCUCAUUUACACAUUAAUCAUGAUGCACUGCCUCUUCUUUAUGGAACAUAUAUUACCAUCUUGCCAGAACUUGGGGGUUAUAUUAACGAAAGUGGGCAUCUCAACUUACCUCGAUUUGAAAAAUACCUUGUGAAAUUAUCAGAUUUUGAUCGGGAGCACUUCAGUGAAGUUUUUGUGGACCUAAAAUGGUUUGAAAGCAAAGUUGGUAACAAGUACCUCAAUGAAGCAGCAGGUAUUGCAGCAGAAGAAGCCAAGAACUUUAAGGAAAAGAAAAAAUUAAAGGGCCAAGAAAAUUCUCUAUGUUGGGCUGCUUUAGACAAAAAUGAAGUAAUAACUUGUAAGGAUAAUUUAGAAGAUGAGACUGAAGAUGAUGACCUAUUUGAAACCGAAUUUAGACAAUAUAAAAGAACGUACUACAUGACAAAGAUGGGAGUUGAUGUGGUAUCUGAUGAUUUUCUGGCUGAUCAGGCUGCUUGUUAUGUUCAGGCCAUCCAAUGGAUUUUGCACUAUUACUAUCAUGGAGUUCAGUCCUGGAGCUGGUAUUAUCCUUAUCAUUAUGCACCUUUCCUGUCUGAUAUCCGAAAUAUCAGUUCACUCAAAAUCCAUUUUGAACUAGGAAAACCGUUUAAGCCAUUUGAACAGCUUCUUGCUGUGCUUCCAGCAGCUAGCAAAAAUUUACUUCCAGCAUGCUACCAGCAUUUGAUGACCAGUGAAGACUCACCAAUUAUAGAAUAUUAUCCACCUGAUUUUAAAACAGACCUAAAUGGGAAACAACAGGAAUGGGAAGCCGUUGUAUUAAUACCUUUUAUUGAUGAGAAGCGAUUAUUAGAAGCCAUGGAAGCGUGUAACCACUCCCUCAAAAAGGAAGAGAGGAAAAGAAACCAGCAUAGUGAAUGCCUAAUGUGUUGGUAUGAUAGAGAAACAGAGUUCACCUACCCAUCUCCCUGGCCAGAGAAGUUUCCUGCCAUAGAACGGUGUUCUGCAAGGUACAAAAUAAUAUCAUUGGAUGCUUGGCGUGUAGACAUAAACAAGAACAAAAUAACCAGGACGGACCAGAAGGCAUUGUAUUUCUGUGGAUUUCCUUCUCUGAAACACAUCAAACACAAAUUUUUUUUGAAGAAAAGUGGUGUCCAAGUGUUUCAGCAAAGUAGUCGUGGUGAAAACAUGAUGUUGGAAAUCUUAAUGGACACAGAAUCAGAUGAACUUAGUAUAGAAAAUAUAGCUGCAUCAGUGCUUGGGAGGUCUGUCUUUGUUAAUUGGCCUCACCUUGAAGAAGCUAGAGUUGUGGCUGUCUCAGAUGGAGAAACUAAGUUUUAUUUGGAAGAACCUCCAGGAACACAGAAACUUUAUUUGGGAAGAACUGCCCCACCAUCUAAAGUGGUCCAUCUUGGAGAUAAAGAACAAUCUACCUGGGCUAAAGACGUACAAGGAAUUUCAGAACAAUACUUGAGAAGAAAAGGAAUAAUAAUAAAUGAAACGUCCGCUGUUGUGCAUGCUCAGUUACUCACAGGCCGUAAAUAUCAAAUAAGUCAAAAUGGCGACGUCCGUCUGGAGAAGCAGUGGUCAAAACAAGUUCUUCCUUUUGUUUAUCAGACUGUUGUCAAGGACAUCCGAGCUUUUGACUCUCGUUUCUCCGGUAUCAAAACACUGGAUGAUUUGUUUCCUCCUGGAAGUAUGGUCUUUAUGUUGGGAACCCCCUACUAUGGCUGCACUGGAGAAGUUCAGGAUUCCAGUGAUGUGAUUACGGAAGGUAGGAUUCGUGUGGUUUUCAGCAUUCCGUAUGAACCCAAUCUUGAUGCUUUAAUACAGAACCAGCAUAAAUAUUCUAUAAAGUACAACCCAGGAUAUGUGUUGGCCAGUCGCCUUGGAGUGAGUGGAUACCUUGUUUCAAGGUUUACAGGAAGUAUUUUUAUUGGAAGAGGAUCUAGGAGAAACCCUCAUGGAGAUCAUAAAGCAAAUGUGGGUUUGAAUCUCAAAUUCAACAAAAAGAAUGAGGAAGUCCCUGGAUAUACUAAGAAGGUUGGAAGUGAAUGGAUGUACUCAUCGGCAGCAGAACAGCUUCUUGCAGAAUACUUAGAAAGAGCUCCAGAACUAUUUAUUUAUAUAGCCAAAAAUAGCCAAGAGGAUGUGUUCUAUGAAGAUGACAUCUGGCCUGGAGAAAAUGAGAAUGGAGCUGAGAAAGUCCAAGAAAUUACAGCUUGGCUAAAAGGACAUCCUGUCAGCACUUUGUCUCGUUCUUCUUGUGAUUUACAAAUUCUGGAUGCAGCUAUUGUUGAGAAAAUCGAGGAAGAAGUCGAAAAGUGCAAGCAAAGAAAGAAUAAUAAAAAGGUCCGAGUGACAGUAAAGCCUCACCUGCUGUACAGACCUUUGGAACAGCAACAUGGAGUCAUUCCUGAUCGAGAUGCAGAAUUUCGUCUCUUUGACCGUGUUGUAAAUGUGAGAGAGAACUUUUCAGUUCCAGUUGGCCUUCGGGGCACCAUCAUAGGAAUUAAAGGGGCUAAUAGAGAAGCUGAUGUACUAUUUGAAGUAUUAUUUGAUGAAGAAUUUCCUGGAGGCUUAACAAUCAGGUGCUCACCUGGAAGAGGUUAUCGAUUGCCAUCAAGUGCCUUGGUGAACCUUUCUCAUGGAAGUCGCCCUGAAACUGGAAAUCAGAAGUUGACAGCCAUUGUGAAACCACAGCCAGCUGUGAACCACUACAGCUCAAACUCAUUGGUAUCAUAUGGACAUUUGGGAGGCCUCAACCAUUCGCCUCAGUCACUUUUUGUUCCGACUCAAGUACCUGUUAAAGAUGAUGAUGAGUUUUGCAACAUUUGGCAGUCCUUACAAGCAUCUGGAAAGCUACAGCACUUUCAGCCACCUGCACAAGAAAAGGGUGCAGUUCUACCUCAAGAAAUUAACCAAGUAACUCAACAACAUAAAUCUGGCCUAAGUGAUAACAGCAUUAAAUAUCAGCAAAGAAAAGACCCUCACCGAAAAUUUAAAGAAGAAUGUAAGAGUCCAAAAGUGGAGUAUCAGUCACAGAAAAUGUUGAAUAAGCAGACUUCUGGAGGGCCUGCCAAAUGUAAUAUUAAGCUAUUGAAGAGAAAUGAAAGUCCGGAAGUCUCAGAAACCCAAAAGGUUGUGACUGGGGGUCCAAAUGCUAUUGAUAAGCCUAACCCGGGAAUUGAGAACGCUUUAGCAUCCUUGAAUAUCUCCAAAGAAAGCGCAGAAGCACCAUGUCCCCCCGGGGAGCCCCCAGAGGAGGCACAUUUGUCACCACAGUCAUUUGCUAUGAAGGGAACGAAGAUGCUUAAAGAAAUACUGAAAAUUGAUGGAUCUGACACUGUGGACUCUAAAAAUGAGAUGAAGAAGUCUGGCAGUGAGGUCACUGUUUCCUCUAAUAGAAAUGAUGCCUAUGGCUUGUCGUCACAGGCCAAACAAAACAAGAAAUUGCCAUCUUAUAUGCAAAAGCCUCACAGUGCGAAUGAGUACCAUCAUGUGCAGUCCUUGGACAGUGUGUGCUGGCCUGCUCCCAGCCAGGUUCCUCCCGUGCCUACGCCAGUAAGUGAGCUGUGUCGAAUCUGCUCACUUGUCGGAAUGCCGCAGCCAGACUUCUCCUUCCUUCGAACACCACAGACAAUGACAGUUUGCCAGGUGAAGUUAUCUAAUGGCCUCCUGGUGCAUGGGCCUCAGUGCCACUCUGAAAAUGAAGCCAAGGAGAAAGCUGCACUUUUCGCUUUACAACAGUUGGGCCCCUUAGUGAAUUUCCCUUUGUCUCCACCAAUAUACCCAAAUUAUCCACCUGCUGUAGCACCAGGAACUAUUCCAGUUUUUCCCCAACCUGCUGGCUGGGAUCACUAUGGAGGCAGCUUAGCACUGGGGGCAGCUAAUCUAAUGCCCCCAUCUCAUCUCUUCGGCUCGAUGCCAUGGGGCCCACCAGUGCCGGUUCCUGGGAAGGCCUUCCAUCACCAGUCAUACUCCGGGCCCGUGCCUGUGGCUGGCGGCGUGCCGGGCGGGGUGCACAAUCAGUUCAUACCUCUGCAGGUUACCAAAAAAAGGAUUGCAAACAAAAAGAAUUUUGAAAAUAAGGAGGCCCAGAGUACUUCUCAAGCCACCCCACUUCAAACCAGCCAGCCAGGACCUGCCCACGGCGCCGAAGGGAGUCCACAGGAGAGCUCGCCGGCUUCCUCGAGGCCCCCUGAGAUCACUCAGCCUGCACCUGCUCAAGCUGAAGCUGCCCCUCAGGGCCGUGGCAUGUCUCAUAAAUCAACACCCAGCUCUUCAAGGAGAAAAUCAAGAAAACUGGCAGUCAAUUUUGGUAUUUCUAAGCCUUCUGAAUAAAUUUGGUACAUGUAAUUCAA